AUGAAUCCUUCAAAUAUUGUUCAAUGCCUAGCAGAGCUUGUUAACAUAAAGUUGAAUCUAAACACGACACAAGUGUCUCAAAAAGAACGUGAAGUAGCUGAACAUUUGUCUGAAACAAUAAACUCUUUCACUGACUGUAAACAGUAUCGUUGUGAGGAAGAGAUGACGUUAGAUUUAGGUGACAAAUCCGACGAAUCUGACGAUAAUGAUCUAGAUACAGUAUAUUGUGAUGAAAAUACCAGUAAAGCCGAUGACGAAUGGGAGGAUAAAGAAAACGUAUUAGAACCACGUCAUCUGAAAAAGUAUUCUUUAGAGUUCAUGAAAGAGGUUGUUGAAUUUGCAGAUACUACAGAUGAGAAUGGCAAACGUCGUCGAUCAUGGAACACCAUUUACAAUCGUUAUCGCACGCUGCCUGAUCGGACCUAUGUUAAUCGUUUUCGGAAGUACAUUCAACAACAUGGAACAAAGCGUCAGAAAAUAGAAAACAUUGAUGAACUAGUUUUCAAGAAAUUUUUAAAUGGACGAGAACAGAGUUUACCUAUUCACGAUUUAGAUAUUCGUCGUUGGGCAUUAAAAGCUGCUCAUGAACAUCAAUUAAAAGAUUUUAAAGCUUCAGAUAAAUGGUUGUAUAAUUUCAAAUGUAAAUAUAAUAUUGUUUCACGUAAAAUAACAAAUAUUAUCACAAAAAGAGAGAUUAGUAACUGGGAUGAAAUACAAAAAUCUGAACAAAAUUUCUUAACACAGUUCAAUAAGCUAUCAUCAAAUUAUUCAGUACAUGAAAUUCUAAACACAGAUCAAGUCGGAAUUGAGAGAGAACAACAUUCAACUCGCACUCUUUCAUUUCAGGGCGAAAAAAAGACCUACGGCAUUGUUUCAUCUAAAAACGCUACAUCACACUCAUAUACACUUCAGCCAACGAUAUCGUUAGCUGGUCAACUAGUUGGACCCAUUUAUUUAUGUCUCCAAGAGAAUCAAGGAAAAAUGGGUGAUAUUGUUAAAAGUCGAUUAUUUGUUCCAAAAAAUGUCGUUAUUACAUGCUCAUCAAGUGGUAAACUUACAUCUUCAUUGGUUUCUUAUUGGUUGGAUAAAUGUUUGUUGCCUUCGAUAGGAAAAAAAAGUCUUUUAUUAUCCGACUCUUGGUCGGGUCAGAACGAUAAGAAAAUCUAUGAAUCUUCAAAAACAAAGGGAAAAUGCGUGGAAAGAAUUCAAAUUCCUCAGCAUACGACAGCUGAUAUACAGCCUCUUGAUAAGUACUAUAACAGACAAAUGAAAAACUUCAUAAAACGUCUUUAUAAUCAUGUUUCUCUUGAUGAAAUUCCUAUUAAUUUGUAUGAAAGAAACAAUAUUAUCAAGCUCGUCAGUCUUGUUCAUAAUCAGUUGAGUGCACCUGUCUUUAAUAAAAUGAUUCGUUAUGCAUGGUUUGCAUGCGGAUAUACGAAAGAUGAUCCUUCUCCAUUUGAAAAUAUUAACGAUGUUUGCUUUCCGCACGAAACAACGCAUGUCGAAUGUGAAGUUCAUCGUUGUCAAGACAGUGUCUUUUUAACUUGUGCACAUUGUUCGAAAAAAUAUUGUUUUGAACAUUUUUUUGUUGAUUAUCAUUAUCACGAGUGA